AAACAUAGGAGGAAACGCGUUUGCUUUUAUAAACAGCAGGCACGGGGCUGACUGUGGGCGGGGGGCACGCGCUUUACUCCUGAUCUUCUGGCAGAUCGCAGCGUGUUUCCUUAACGAGGUGACUUCGCUCCACCGCAGAAAAAAAUCAAAUAAAAAACUUCACGACUCCCGGAGCAUCCAGCCGUGGCCACAAUCUAUGGAUACAUUUUACACUCGCGAGACGGACUCAAGAAGCUGAUUUGACCUGUAAUAGACUACAACGAUUCAACUUUGAUAUACGCUCAGAAAUACGCCGCCCUCUUUCGUUUUUUCAUUUUUUCCCCGUUUGCCUGCCUCUUGGAUUGUGCGUAAUCCCUGAAUGUCCCUCUGUCUGUAUAUGUUAACCCAGGGAGAUUAAUUACCUCACGGAGGCCCGCGGUUCGGGAGUUGCAAUGAAGGUGUUCUGCUGGACUUUUCUGAUCCUCAACCAGUGGAUUCUACGAAAGGUGCAAGGACUUGAGAAGCAGGUGGCCAAAUCUCUGGACUACCUAGAACUGGGGCCGGCAGGGUCUGUGAUGAAGCCCCUCCCGUACGGGGGAGGGCCGGCAGGGGGAGGGAAGCCCCCUUACCCAAACUCCCGGAUAUUCUCCAGCAUGGACCAGACUCCUCUGAAGGCCAAACCGCCCAGCUACAGCUUCCAGAACCCCUACGCCUGGGCCCGGAACCAGUCCCUCCUGCUGGACCAGACCGGCUACCGCUCCAAACGCAAGCCUUCGCUGAAGACCUCCCUGAAGACCAAGAAGAUCUUUGGCUGGGGCGACUUCUACUUCAACGUGAAAACAGUGAAGUUCAGCCUGCUGGUCACCGGCAAGAUCGUGGACCACAUCAAUGGCACCUUCACCGUCUACUUCCGGCACAACUCGUCCAGCCUGGGCAAUGUGUCGGUCAGUAUCGUGCCGCCCUCCAAGGUGGUGGAGUUUGAGGUGUUCCAGCAGCACCCGCCACCCCCAGAGGUCCAGCAGGCCCGCCAGCAGCACCAGGCCACCAUUGACCCCAAGGAGACCAAGGCCUUCAACUGCCGGGUGGAGUACGAGAAGACCAACCGGGAGAAGAAGCCCAAGCCCUGCCUCUACAACCCCUCACAGACGUGCUUCUCCGAGCACACGCAAUCCCACGCCGCCUGGCUCUGUGCCAAGCCCUUCAAGGUCAUCUGCAUCUUCAUCUCCUUCUACAGCAUCGACUACAAGCUGGUCCAGAAGGUGUGCCCGGACUAUAACUUCCAGAAUGAUCACCCCUACUUUGGAUGAGCCGGAGACCAGAGAGGGGGCGAAGGAUGAAGGAGGAAGAGGAGGAGGAGGAGGAAGAGGAGGGACUUAGUCUGACCUCCCCCCCCAACUCAACUUCCCCUUCAAACUCAAUCUGGGGGUUGAGAAUCAGAGAGGUCCACACCGGGAGAUGACAUUGCUGUUUUCAUGCCACAACUGAAGAAUCUUUUUCUGUUUUAUUUCGGUAUUUUCUCUGUACAUUCACAAAAAAAACAAAAAAAAAAACAUUGCUUUUCAGAAUUUAUUUCAUUGAUAUUGUUCAUUUUAGUUCUGUUUGAACCUCUGGUUUAUUUAGAAGAAGUUGACAAAACGGAAGUUGGUAUUUCACUAUAGUCUCUGGUAUUUGACAUUUGAGUUGUGUCAUUCCAUGUAUGCCAUUAGACUAAAAAGCGAAGGAAGCACUUUGUCUGCCCUGAUCGUCUGGUAUCUCAGCACCAACACAGAAUGUGGGACCAGUAAUGACAGCCUACAGCUAGAGAGGUUGUUCUGCUGGUUUCAAUAUGUAUGGAAAAUAUUAUAUGCAUAUGAAAAUUCAUGUUAAACUAUAACAAAGUAUUAGUGUCAGGUCUUGUUGUAAUGCAGCCGGCUACCGUGAACACAGGGAAUAAAAUAAUAUAUAAAAAUAACAUGACUGUUGAUUGAAUCCAGGUUUGUAUUUCAUUUGAAAUUACUAGCCACAAGUUCCUUUCCCUGAGAGACCCCUGAAAAAGAAAAGAUAUAUGAAUCUAAGGCAAAGCGUGAGAUCCGAGGCAGAACGAGGCCAGUGAUGAGACUGCUGGGCUGAGGCGGUGAUGAGUAGUCUGGCGCUCCCAGCGAAUGAUUGUUCAUAUAACUUGUAAUAGUUAUUUUCUGAUGCCACCUCCUGUAAAAUAAAAUAUAGGAAAGUAAAAUGUCUUUAUUUUUAUCAAAUAGCCUGUCUGUGAUUCAGCUUUGGCUGCAUAAAGCAGUCUUUGGAUAGUUUAAUUAAUAUCACAGACAUUUCUUUGUAUAUCUUGUCCUUUUUUCUGCAUAUUGUUAAAAAAUGUGUAUGAAUAAUUAUUGGAAGAUUUUGUGUGUACUAUGUAACAAUAAAACAUCGUAUAAGGCUGAGUAAAA